AUGGAGAUCACAAACACAUCAGGAGAAGAGUUGGAAGACUCAUCAGACAAAAAACCAGAGGACAACUCUGGUGACUCCGGAGCAUCAAGCGUCGAAGUGGAGGACCCAUAUGAGGGACCUCAAUACUCACACAACUCAGAGGGUGAGGAAGUUAACAUUGGGACCAUAAGGAUGGUGAGGUGCAAUAGUGGUAGCGCCAAUGGUAGCCUCCAUAAGUCCAUAGGCUGGAGGAGUGCAGGUUCAAGUCCUGCCAUCACCCCAACACCCUUCUUCCCUCUUUCUCCACUACCUCUUGGGAUCAUGGGGCGUGAUAGUGGUAGCGCCAGGAGGGCCAUCACCCAACUCACUUCCUUCUCACUUUCUCCACUACCUCUUAGAGGGACGAGGCGUGAUAGUGGUAACGCCAGGCUGCCAUCACCACAAAACUUUCAUUUCUCUCCACUACCUCUUCAACCGACGGCCCCUCCACCGCAUGUCUUUAUUGAACACAUGAGCUGGAAGCCACUUAACACCCUCGGCUGCCAUCCUAAACACUGA